GUUUCUUUGCAUUGCGAACGCCAGCGGCGAGAAGAGGUUUCCUUCGUCUUGUCGUUUUGUGUAUCCGCACACCAAACCCCCAGUAGUCCGUCUCCAGCUGCCGCCGAUGGAUCAAUCGCCGCAAUAGACCCCUCCUUCUUUGAUGACGAAACAUUUCUGCACAGUUACGUCGAAAUAAGAGAUCCGGUAUCGAGCGUUGUUUUGUUGUUUUUUUUUUUUUGUUGGCCCAUUCUCCACUUCGCGAAAAAGCCAAGAAAGAAAAGGAGGAGGAAAAAAAAAAAAAGGAGAAGAAAACAGAAAUUGGGCGCGGGCCAUGGCGGACGAAACUUCGUCAGCCUCAUCGGCUUUCUCGCCCCUUUCCGGUGGCUAUUUGCUGAUCGUCCUGAGUGAGCCGCACAGCGAACAGCAUAAACAAGUCCUACUGGAACAUCUCGCCAAAGGUCUGGCCUCGUGGGACAGCGUUGGAACGCAGAUCGAUAUCGAAGCCGAACUCCGCAACAUCGCGGCCCAAUGCCCGAACGGCGAAGAAGUCAGAAAUGGAGAGAAGUUGAUCCAGUUGGCUUCCGAUUCGCUCGUCACUGAGAUUCUCAUCCAGCCGCAGUUGAGCACACUGAAGCAGUGCAUGCGCAAUCUACUGGCCUCGUUCACGCGCCAUCGACACGUUAUUCACGCCGGCUACACCCUAUCCGGACCUGGAUCAUGGAUUUUACAAGACGGUACGUACGAAUUCAGCGACUUUUUGCACAUUGUGCGAGAUGCCGAAAUCCAGCGGAUUUAUCGAGCUUACGAAUCGAGCAUCACGAUGGAUCUCCACUGCGCAGACGAGGGUCAAUGGAGCGCCGACCAGAUCAAUCAAGAUCCAGCCAUCAAAGCGGCCAAGAUAUCCAUCAACCCAGCCGGUCGAUUGAGUGCCACGGACUCUCAGGGCAUGCAGGACGCCGUCAAUUCUUUUAUCAGAUACAUUUCCGAUGUUCUGCCGUCGGUAACGUUGGAUCAUCUUUUGGAGCCAUCUGACGUCGUUGGCAACAUCCGCUUCAAUCAUCCCACCCUGUACGUCUUCCCGGGCGGACAGGGAGACUCGGCCCUAUUCGGCAUCAGCGGUUUCAACAUUCUUGUCGAUGGAGGUUUUGGUCGCAAACCCUGUUUCUGGGAUUUCACGCGCCAUUUGGACCGGCUUGACGCUGUAGUGAUGACACGGAUGAAUGCCAGUUCACUGAGCGGCCUGACUGGUGCCAUCUGUCGCAAAGCCUCUAGUCCUGUCUACCCACAAAUGGGUCACGUCUUUUGUAACCUGCCCCGGGACAGCGAGAUUGGCCUCGGAGACAUUGAACAACAACUCAAUGCAGCUGACUCGAGCUCCGAAUCGCUCAAUGUCAACAUUAACGACCUGUGCCGGGCCAUGUCUGCGGGUCUCGGAGCUUUACAAUUGAAAGCACAACCGAUUUAUCGAUCUGCCACUUUGGAACCAAUCAAUCUCUACCACAAGGUGGGACACGGAACGUUGGACAUGUUCAUCAUUAGUCCAAGCGCCAACAGCCCCGAGGUCAAGGAGCUGAUGCGUCUUUGGCGUUCGGGAGAAGUGGCCACGGCUUUGCGAACAGUCAAAAUGGGCGGAAAAGAAUUCAACCUACCAUUGCUCGACAUCGUGUCCGUCUGCGCUUUGCUGGUAUGGCAGCCAGCUGAUCCUAAUGAGCCCGUCACUCGCCUCUUGUUCCCUGGCAGUGCCCCUCAACACAAGAUCCUCGAAGGUCUUGACAAAUUCAAGCAAUUAGAGUUUCUCAAAUCGCCGGUAUUUAUGGCCAAGGAUGUGGCUGCACCGCCGUCCGCCGUCAUCACUCCGUCGUCCACGUCCAGCGCAUUUACGAAAAGCCCAGUCAAGGCGAAAACUUCGUCGCCCCGUCAUACGCCGAUCGAACCGGUUGUUGUUAAAGCAGCUCCUGUUCGCAAAGAGGCUAGCAAACCGCCGGCCAAAGCAGCUGACCAUUCCAGCAACACCAAAGAGGCCACGCCACGUCCUGCUACUAAAAUCAUCAAGGCCGAUGUUCUCAGCAGCUCUUCGAGAACGGGCAGCACGGAAUUGCGGGCCAAAAAGCCGGAAGCUAAACCGGCGACGGCGCCCAUCAAAUCAGCGACGACGGCCAAGAAAGACGGCCCGACAGGAUUAUCGAACGGCGAAACCAAUAAAGCCCUGGCACCGAAAAUCAAAAAAGAUGUAGCCAACAUGAAAAUGGUGGAGGCUAGAGUUCAUUCGUUCAAGAGCCCAGCUUCUCUGAAACGGGCCGAGGAUAAUAAAGGCAAGAAACCCACUGGCACUCCUGAUGACAAGGAAACUACUAAAGAGAAGACGGCAGCUCAAAGAAGCCAGAGCCAAUCACGAGAGAAACGAUCGGCUUCCAGUGUCCGAGCCCAGCCGGCGGAGGAAGAAAAACCCAGGGUCAAACUGGUCAAGAAGAUUGCCGCGUCUGAGGCAACUCCAGUCAGCCCAGCCAAACCCACUAAGCCCAUCAAGGCCAAAGCCAAAGAACUGCCGACUAAGCCAAUUGAGCCGAAAGCUCCUGUCACCAAAGACGUUAAGAAAGACAAGCCAACCACUGCCACUCCGAAAGCUAAACCGAUUGCAGCUAAGGAGACGAGCUCUAAACCGGCCCCUAAGACAUCAGCACCCCAAACGUCAUCAACUCCUACGCCAUCAGGUAAAGCUGUCAAGAGACCAGUUAAACCCGCAGCUGCUGCGGCUGCUGCGGCUGCGGCCGUUGUUGCCGUUGCGGCUGUUGCCUCUGAAGAACAGGCCCCGACAGCUGAAGAGCAACCGGCUGUUGUCGAAGAGAAUUUCAGCGCUGCAGAGGCCCCCCAGGCAGCGAGUUCACCCAAGGACGUUGAAGCAACUGGCGAUGAUCAAGUUCCAGAUGAGGCGUCAGUGAUGGAUGCCAUUGAGAGUCAGAUAGUGGAGGAUGUCGAAGCGGCUGAAGAGCAAUCGCAUCACGAAUCUGAACAAGAGUCACAGUCUGUCAAUUUGGAAGAUGAAGCUGAAACAGAGGACAAAGAAGAAACGGAAACUGAAGAAAAAGAUGAAGAGGCGGCCGAAGGGUCGACUGGAGGCGAAGUUGUCGAUGCGGGGGAGGCUGAAGUCGCAGAAAAAGAGGAGGAAACAGAGGCCCAAGUAGAAGAAGAAGUCGCUGAUGAAGCCGCUGCAUCUGAAGAGACUGAAGUUGUUGAAGCUGCCGUUACGGAGGACGUAGCCGAAACGGAAGAGGCUGAAGUGACCGAAACGCAGGAAACUGAACUAGCAACCGAAGAGGCUGAAGUGGCCGAAACGGAAGAGGCUGAAGUGGCCGAAACGGAAGAGGCUGAAGUGGCCGAAACGGAACAGGCUGAAGUAGCCGAAACGGAAGAGGCUGAAGUGGCUGAAACGGAACAGGCUGAAGUAGCAACGGAAGAAGCUGAAGUAGCCGAAGUAGCCGAAACGAAAGAGGCUGAAGUGGCUGAAACGGAAGAAGCUGAAGUAGCUGAAACGGAAGAAGCUGAAGUAGCCGAAACGGAAGAAGCUGAAGUAGCCGAAACAGAAGAAGCUGAAGUAGCCGAAGUAGCCGAAACGAAAGAAGCUGAAGUGACUGAAACGGAAGAAGCUGAAGUAGACGAAACGGUAGAGGCUGAAGUAGCCAAAACGGUAGACGCUGAAGUGAAGGAAAAAGAAGAAACUGAAUUAGCCGAAAAAGAAGACAUUAAAGUAGCCGAAAAAGAAGACACUAAAGUUGUCCAGGCGGAACAUGCCGAAGUUGCUGAAACGGAAGACGCUAAAGUCGUUGAGACGGAAGACGCUGAUGCCACCAAGACGGAAGAUGCUAAAGUAACUGAAGCGGAAGAUGCUGAAGUAGCCGUGACAGAUGAAGUCGAAACUGUGGACGAACUCAGCGAACCGCAAGAAGAAAUCGCCACAACUGAAAUGAAAGAGAAAACAGAUGACAAAGAAAAAAUGAUCCCAGAUACGGCACACGUUCAGGAAACGGCUGAAACGGAACACGGAAACGCAGACAAGGAUCCGCACGAAGCUGACGUCAAGGAAACAGAACAAGAAGUACAUGACGAUGUCCUGGAUGUCAAGAUCGGCAAUGAACCAGAAAUGGAAGUUGGUCGAUCGAUUGAUGAUGAAAUCGUGGCGGACGUCGCUCAGAUUGACAGAUCCCACGAUCAAGAUGUCAACCUCGAGACGGACGAAUGCCAAGAACCAGUAGAAGAAGAAAGUCAGCUGGCCGUCUCCUCGAAAUCGGUAGACGCUGGCAGACCAUCAGCCUCUCCACAGCCGAUACUAUCCGAAGACGAGAUGGCGAGCCGAGAAGUGCAAGUCGAUGACGUGAUCGAUCAGAUAGAGCAAAGUCAGUACAUGGAAUGUGCCCAUCCUACAAGUCAAGUAGAAGAAGAAAACGAAAACAUGAAAGAUGAGCUCGAUGAGCCUGAAAAGGAGCAAGAAGAAGAGAAUUCAAGCCAAAUCCAUCACGAAGAUGUUUCUCUGAGCUCAGAAAAUGUGCAAGAAGAAAUUCAACAAGCCGUUUCUUCGGCUUCAGUCGAGGCCAGCAAACCGACGGCGUCCCCACAGCCACAAAUACUGGACAGUGAUGAUAAAGUAGAAACUCGAGAGGUGAGUGCGCACGAGGAAGUGCAUACCACCGAAACUGCUCACGAGGAAAGCUCUCUUGAAUACGAAAAAGAAGACAAGAAAGAAGAACUUAAAAUUCCAGAGGCAAUUGCAUGCCAACUGUUUGGCAAUGGCGACAGUGAUGCUGCUAGCCUGGACACUACUGAGCAUUUGCAAAUUGAGGACGCAAUUUCUGGCCAAGUUGACGACGUUGAUCACGAAGAUGAACAUGAAGUCGAAAAACGCCAAAUACAUGAAUUGACUGUAGAGGCUCAUCAUGACGAUGCUCUCUCGUCUCUGUCUUCUGCAUCCGAUCUGGAACCAACACCAGUGCUGGAUCGAUCCGGUGCUAGUCUCUAUGAUGAAGAACAACAAUUGUCUUCUAUGGAAUCCCAACCGGAAUCCCAUCAGUUCACUCAGAAAAGCGCCCCACAGAUGGUGGAAGAAGCUCCCAAAGACUCGAAACAGACGGCCAAAGCGCCUGUCGUUCACGAUGAACCUUCUGGCCCUUCACCUGUUGAGGAAGUCGAAGAAGAAUUUAAAGCCGAAAUUGUCGUCAGACCUGUCCCUGUCGUCGAUCCGUCCGAUUUGGCUGACGUUGUAGCUCCGCAACAGCCAACCCCACCGGUGGUGAAAUCUCCAGUUAAAGAGAUUCCUUCUGCCCUGGAUCAAGAAGAAGAUGAAGGCGAAGAGGUGGAAGAAGAAGCUUUCCACAAGGAGUUCAAGACUAAAGACUCUGCCGUGCCCAUCACUCCUACGGAAGAAGAUGGGCAAGCGUUCGGCUACGGCCAGCCGGAACGACAAAGCCAAGAUCGACAGCUAUCAUCCAGCAUGCCGACCAGCUCGGACGUGACUGGCAAGAAAGAAGAAUCCACAACGGAUGGUGCCGUUUCACUGUCACGUACCAAAGAGGCUGAAGCGGAUGAAUUCCGGGCCACCAUCGACAAUCAAUACGCCGGCUUUAUCAAUGUGGAAACCAGCUUCAAAGAUGCUGACGAGAAGCCAAAACCAAAGACUCCGGAAGAGAAAGUUCUGAACGAGACGGUGGUCGCCGAGAAAGCGGAAGACAAACCUUUGGCUGAGAAAGCGAUUGAGAAGACAUUGCCAGAAGAAAAAUCAUCUUCUGCAAUUGACAUGAAGGAAGACCACUUUGUUGCUGUUGAAGAGGCUGUCACCACAAAAUCUACUUGCGAUGUUAAGUCUGUUGAAAAAGCAGAAGAAUCUGACGAGGAAGAGCCAGUUGUCGAAGAGGUGGCAUGCAAGGCCGUCGACAAUAAAUCCGUCAAAGCUGAGAAACAUGAAGAAUCUCACGUCAAAUCCGAGACGAAACCAAUGGACGAAUCUGAAAUUCUAAAGAACGUCGAAGAUAUGAUGACCGAAAAAGUUGAAAUCCCAUCAACUCACGAUGAAUCUGCUAAAAUUUCAGCCGAACCAGAAGCGGUAAGAGAACAUUUGGUUGAAAGUUCCCAAGCUCUCGACAUCGAAUCAACGCCAAAAGAAAUCGAAUCUACCAAGAGCCACGAAACUUUUGUUAUCGAAGAUGUCAAAAGUUUCGUUGAAGAUGUUCGCACGUUAGUCGAAGAGAUUCAACUGCCCAAAAUGGAAGUCAAGUCGGUGGAAUCGGAGAAGAAGGAAGUCCUUCCUGAAGAGCUCAAGUUAGAGAAACCCACAAUUACGGCCGACAUCAAAAUCGCUCCAGUAGAUGGCGUCCAAAAAGACGAUUCCAAGGAUGUCGCCAAAAAUGUUGCGGUCGAAACUGCAGACAUCAAAUCAUCAAAGUCCGAUGAUUUCAAAGAAUCAGCAACUUUAGAAAAGGAACAAAUUUCUCAAGUUACCGAGGAAGUUAGCGCUGUCAAAGUAGCAGACAUCUCGGAGAAAGUAAAAAGCCCUGUAGAAGAAAUGUUUGAAAAGGUCAGUGCCGUCGCUGUAUCGAAAAUCACCGAAAAAGAAAAAUGCGACGUUGAAGACAUUUCUGAGAAGGCUGUCGAACUAUCGAAGGUUGAAGAAAAAGAACAGAAUAUCGUAGAAGAGAUCAUCGAAGUGUCCAAAACCCCUGAGAAAGCGGAAAAUCUCGUGGAAGACAUUGCCAUCAACGUAUCCGUCGACGCAUCUAAAGUCGUAGAAAAAGAGAAGAGCGUCGUCGAAGAAAUCGUUGACAAGGUCGCUGAGCUACCGAAAAUGGCAGGAAGCUUCAUCGAAGAUAUUGUGGGAAAAGUCAGUUCUGUCCAAGUAUCGAAAACUCCUGAGAAAGAAUUAAGCCUCGUGAAAGAAACGAUUGAAACGGCCAGCUCAGUCACAGCCACACCGAAAUCCAGUGAAAGCGCUGCCGAUGAAACUGAACCGUUCAGUAAAGCCGCAGAAAAGCUGGACGAUAUCGAAUCCAUCGUGUUUGAAAAAUGCGAGAAAUACGGAAAGACAGAAAAAGAUAUCCCGUCUACCGUCGACGAACCCAUUCAACACGCAACUGCUGAAACUGGCGUUUUCUCAGCGGAAGUGAAAUCCCAGCGAUCCUCCACAUCCGAGGCAACUCCACUGGAGCUCGAACUCGAAAUUUCCGAGAGGAAAUCAUCAGAUAUUUGUGCACCAACAAUCGGCCAACUGGAAAAAGAUGAGCCAGUCGAAGUAACAAAUUUGAAAACUGAAGCUAAUGUGACACUGACUGGUAAAUCAACCAAAGAAGAAGAGGUUGUCGUCGAUCCUACAUUCGUUGCUCCUCUCACAGCCAGCUCUCCGAUCGAUGGGCCCGAACUUCUAAAAGAAUUAACAUUCCCGCUUGGAUUGGCCGCAAAAACUGAGGCUGACGUACUGCCUAAAGAUAAAUUGGAACAAGUCGGAGAAUUUGUUAAAGAAGUCAAGGAUGCGUCCGUUGAAUUAGCGUCAAAAUACGAAACUGACUACUCACACGAAAGCAAAGCAACAGAAGUCAAAGAAAUCAUUCAAGACGUCAAAGACGUGUCCGUUGAACUGAAGUCGAAAUGCGAAACUGAUUUCACUCACGACAUCAAGACAGAGGUCAAAGAAAUCAUUCAAGAUGUGAAAGUUGCGUCAGUUGAAUUAACAUCAAAAUCUGAAGUCGAAUCCUCACGUGAAAUCAAAACUGAAGAGGUCAAAGAAAUCGUCCAGAAUGUCAAAGAUGUAUCCAUCGAAUCGACAUUGAAAUCAACCGUUGAAUCUUCGUACGAAGCAAAAACGGAAGAGGUUAAAGAAAUCAUUCAAGAUGUGAAAGUUACGUCAGUUGAAUUAACAUCAAAAUCUGAGGUCGAAUCCUCACGGGAAAUCAAAACUGAAGAGGUCAAAGAUGUAUCCAUCGAAUCGGCAUUGAAAUCAACCGUCGAAUCUUCGUACGAAGCGGAAGAGGUUAAAGAAAUCAUUCAAGAUGUCAAAGUUACGUCAGUUGAAUUAACAUCAAAAUCUGAAGUCGAAUCCUCACGCGAAAUCAAAACUGAAGAGGUCAAAGAUGUAUCCAUCGAAUCGGCAUUGAAAUCAACCGUCGAAUCAUCGUACGAAGCAAAAACGGAAGAGGUUAAAGAUAUUAUUCAAGAUGUGAAAAUUACGUCAGUUGAAUUAACAUCAAAAUCUGAGGUCGAAUCCUCACGCGAAAUCAAAACUGAAGAGGUCAAAGAAAUCAUCCAGAAUGUCAAAGAUGUAUCCAUCGAAUCGGCAUUGAAAUCAACCGUCGAAUCAUCGUACGAAGCAAAAACGGAAGAGGUUAAAGAAACCAUGCAAAUUACCAAAGAUGUCUCAGUUGAAUUGUCGUCGAAAUCUGAUUUAGAAAUUAAAGAAACCGUUCAAAUUACCAAAGAUCAAACAAAAGUAGAAGAGGUCACCGAAAUCAUUCAGGAAAUCGAAUCUGUUACACUUCAAUUGGCGGCAAAGUCUGAUACUGACUGCUCUUCCACAAGUAAGGUGGUGGAAGUCAAGGAAGAAAUCCAUGAGAUCAAAAAGACAUCGACUGAAUUGGCACCAGAAUCGAAAAUGGACGCCUCACGCGACAUUCAAGAGGAGGUCAAAGAAAUCGUUCAAGAUGUCAAAAAAGCAACUGUUGAAUUGUCUUCAAAGGCUGAAGUUGACUGCACGUCCAAGAACAAAGUAGAAGAAAUCUGUGAAACAGUUCAAGAGGUCAAAGAAUUACCAUCAACGAUUUCAACAAUGUCUGAAAAAUUGGAAGCCAAACCUGAAACACAUAUGGAAGUGAAAACGGUUCAUUCUGAACCAGAAGUCAUUCCACAGGCUACAUUCCAGCUCAAGUGUGAUCCACUGGCCAACUUGCCAGUGGUUGAUUUGGUUGAACCGUCCAAAACCGUCAGCGGAGAACUGGAAAAACCCAAAAGUUCUGAUUUAGCAAAAUUACAGAUGGUCGAAAAGACGGAACAGCUGAAACCUGACGCUAUGGAUUACGCCACCGUUUCCGGCUCAUCGUCCACCUCUGUUACUCCAAAGACGCCGCUUUCACCCAAUCUUGCCCGUCGUGAAGUGGUGGAAUCUAAAGUGAGCCCAAGCGUCCAGAUGGCUGCCACUUUGGAAUCCUUUGCAGCACCACCAACUCGUUUCGAAGACGAAAUCAGAGACUCGAGCCAACCAUCCAGCUUGGAUUCCGUAGAAGUUCAUUCCACGUCUUCUGCCACCUGGGCAGCCACUGAAAAACACCCGCAAGAGGAUGAAGAUGUUGAUUCGAUGUCACUGACACCUACCAUCAAUUACUUAGCAGCCGGCUAUGAAGGUGUCAACAUCAGUACGUCGAGCAAAUUGUCGACGAUUGCGUCAUCUGACGGCGAAGCGGAAGCAGCGCAACCUCUCAGCUUGGACAGUAACUGGUCAUCCAAGACAUUCGACAAAUUGACUUUGGCUGCUGAUUCAUCUGCCCGUCCCGAAGAAUCGGCUUUCUCAAGCGGUCCGUCCAGCUGGGACGAAAGAGAACCUAAUACCAAGCCGUACCACGUGGUGUCGGAAUCGAUAAGUGACCGUUCAGCCACAAGUUCCAUCAUUUCACACGCUACUGAUGAUGAUUAUCCAACUGAAAAACAGGAUCGACCUUCUUUAGACAGCCAUUUGGAACCUCGCACAUCAAGCGAAUUGAGCAACAAGAAAGAGUUGGGCGUCUUGCCCGUCAGCCCCGUACCGUCCUCCCCAUUCAGCACUGAUCGCUGCAGCAGCCACGGGGAUUUUGAAGCCAACAAGGAUUCUCUGUCCAGCAUCCAGACUUCAGAAUCUUCCGACUAUCAUUUGGAAACCAAAGUGGAUGACUCGCAUUCGGCUAUUUCUAGCACACGUUCAGACUAUUCAGAUGACCGUUCAGGCAGCAGCAUCGAGCCAUCAGUUUUACAGAAACAACGGCUCGAGCAGAGAUCCUUGACACCAAGGAGCGACAUCAGCUGCUCUUCGGAUACUACCGAUCCCAUCACGACUGCCAAUACAAUCACGACCGAGCUGAUCCAGCCAGGCCAACAACAGACUCCGGUCGAAAUGAAGGCCAGUAGCAAAGCUGAGUUGGCUGACCCUAAAUUAGCGCCGCAUAACAUCUGGCUGAAAGAGAAAGACACAGCUUCCUCCCCUAAUCCAUUCACGGAUCAGUACGUCGAUGACGAUACUGACCAUCCGGUAACCGUGGAACACGCUUCCUCAGCCCUCUAUUAUCCACAACAGAAACAACAGCCACACCAGCAACAACAUCUGUCCGAUUUUGAAUCUGACCGCCAUUCCGAUUCGCAGUCAUCGUCCGUUCCGGUAGCCGAAUACACGGAUGAGUAUUACGCUCAGCAUUUGGAGUUUGUUGAAGCGUCCCAGAAGUCUUCACAGCCCCACACGGAUGAGGUUUCUGACCAGGAAGCCUAUCUCUACGAAUCAGAGCACGAUGAUCACGACCAGCACUACCAUCCGUACGCAACCAAAUACAGUGAUUCAUACGACGAGGCUGAUCUCUACCCAACUGAGGAAGCCAUUAAUGACGAUUACCGUCACAUGGGAGAUCACCAAAAUGGCAAUGCGUAUCAUUACUAUGAAGGCAGUGAGCAGGAUUCGAUCGAAGCCAAUGUUGUUGGCCAUCCGCCCCAUCAGUACGAAGAUCAGAAUCGCAACGAUCGCACGCCAACCAGAGACGUCCAACAUUCGUACGUGGCUACCGAUGUGUACGGCGCAGAGCCAGCAGUAUGCAGUCCAACCAGCAGACAAUUGGAGGUCGCGGCGCCGUUGACAGCGUCUUCUUCACGCGACGAGCGAGUAGUUCCACAAGCUUCUCCUCUGCCCAGUCCACAACCUCAGCAGUCGGCGCAAAGCACUCAGCAACAGCACGAAGACACUUUGGCAUCGUGGGGCAAACCGCUUGGUUUACCAGCUCCCGUGGCUCCCGGUGUCGUCUUCUCCAGCAACGGUACUAAUGGCUCCCCGCUUAAGCGCCCAACAACUGCUAGCAACAAUGCCAAUAAAUCUGCCGAGAAAGCAACCAACGGCACCAACGCUAUGAUGGGGGCAACUCCUUUCUACGUUGAUUUGGCUUACAUCCCGCAUCACAGCGAUCCUCAGUAUUCAGACGUCGAGUUCUUCAAGCGUGUCCGUGCUCGACAUUACGUCCUCAGCACUUUAGAGCCGUCUGCUCAAGUCCUUGACGCUCUUUUGGAGGGAAAACAAUCGUGGACAGGAGACGACAAAGAUUUAGAUGUCACCAUUAUUCCCACAUACGACUCGGAUGCCCUGGCUGUCUGGGUCAGCGCCAACGAGGAUGUCCUGGCACGCAAUCGCAUUGAUUUGGCACCAUCCGCCUCCCGUUGCACCAUCAACCUCCAAGAUCACGAGACCUCUUGCUCGGCCUAUCGGCUCGAAUUUUAAGACGUCAAACAUAUAUAUUCUCCCUGUUGUUUUCCAUUAAGAUAAGAAACAGAAAGGCUCCAUCCUGCGUUUCCGUAAAGACGUACGUCAGUAAGUGAUUGAAAAAAAAAAAAAAACGAAGAAAAAGCUUUAAAAAAAAAAAAGAAUUGAAGAGGGACACCCUGACGUGGUAGACUUUCCUUCCACAUUACUUACGUAGUAGGCCGAAAAAAAAAAAAAAGAAAAAUUCCUCCCUUAAUUUAUAUUUAUACUUUUCGGCAUUUUUUUUUUUUUCCGAUAACCAUUGCGCCCUCUUUUAUAGAGCAGCAGCCUCCUCCGAUUAUUGCUGUGAUUUUUUUCUCGAGUAUAGAUAUUUGCCUGCUUCUCGUAUCACUCUCAAGAAACCUUAUUAGUAGCUGUUAGGCUUGUUAUUUGAAUUGCAAUCCAUUUUUAUCCCCUUUUCUUAUUAUAUUUUCGAAAAGAGGAGACGAGAAGAAAUACUGUCAAGGCCAAUGUACGGGUAAAUAUCAUAGAGGUAAGCGCAAGCGUAGCGAGCUAAAAGAAAAAAUAGUUUGCAACUUGCGAGGUGACUUGCUCACUCACUGGGCAUAUUGAAAUAACCGAAUCAUUUUGGUUUUCCUUUCAAGGAUGAGCAGUGAAAAUCGAACGAAAUCAAAGGACUUUUUUUUUUUUCUCGAAAUUUUCUUUUGUGAAGCAAAUUUUAUUUCCCAUUUUAUUUUUCAUUCUUGGCUCAUCUUUUUACACAGACGCUUACAGAAUUCAAAGUGCUAUCCACAAUUUGCCCAGGACGUCCGAGCUAUGCGGAGUAACUACAUGGCGGGGAUUCAAAAACCACAGUAGAAACCCCCAUCUAAAGUCGAUUGAUAUUCGCAAAAAUGUGAUACACCUCGUAAAAGAUGGUACGAUGACGACAAGUUACGAGACAAAGGAGCUGAAAACUGAUCGGGAUUGUCCAUUUACCCUCCCAUAUCUGGCAACUAGUAACAAUCAAACCAUACCUAGAGCACAGCAGGAUUUUGUCGAGGAUUUGUUCCCUAUUAUUUUCCGCUCUCAUUUUUCUUUCGUUUCAUGAAAAAAAAAAAAAAAAAAAAUCCUUGACAAAAUAGGGCGAGAAUUGCAGCCUCCGAUGUGAUAAUCUUAAAAAAAAGCUCAUCUAGUGAUGGAAGCAGCUGCGAAUUUGAUGCCGACACUGAUAGCCAACGCCGAUUCCUGGCAACAUACGUAGAGAUGCUCGAGGAAUUGUUUGAUUUGUUAAACUUUCACUUAUGAUUUGCAAGAGGCUGAAACGGCACACACAGAAACUGAGAUAAGGAGACAAUGAGUGAAAUUCGGCGAGAAAUGUGAGACACCCAAGUGCAGCUUUUUCGUGAUUCAUGCGUGCAAUGAGGACAAUGUUCACGAACUUAAACCAACCCGAACCGAGAGGAAAAGAGAGACCCUUUUUUCAAGCGAAAAACGUUCCCUCCCACCACAUCCCCCCUCCUACACCGAAAUCUUCUACAUCCCCAAAGAAACAGAACAAGCAAAAAAAAGAAAAAAAGAAAAAGAACUUUAUACGAUAGUCUUUGGUGUUUUGUGAGUAAUUUCUUGCAGUGCUUUGAAGCUUCUAGGUAAUCAUCGAUAUGAUUAGAUAUAUUAUACAGUAUAUUCAACUUUCAAGCUUAACAGUAUAUAUCCUCCUCUACCACAGAAGUGACACACUGUCAAAUUUAAUCUACACAUCCCGUGUUGGUGUCUAAGAUCAAAGUCCAACGUGGAACCUGACAUAGCAUUUUCCCCGUCUCUUUCCCCGUCUAACUCUAUAUACUUGCACUCGUGCACCAUCUCAGCUUUUGUGCUUUCGACAUUCCCGUUACAUUAAUCCCGCGAGGCACAUGUUCAUCGUGCAUCCUGGCAGGUGUCUACUUAUAUUCCUUUUUACCAUUGAGUAGCUUUUUCCAUUAUAUCUUCUUCCUUCUCGUUCAAACAAAUCUGUUUCUUCUGCUCGGUUGGUACAUCGACAUCUUCUUGUCCCCUACAUAAUAAUUUCUAUCGAGUUAUUUUGUACGGUGUAAUCUACUCGAAGGUUGCGUUCAGUAGCUUCUGAUAUACCCUCCUCCCUGCCCUACAUACACACACACGAUGACUAUUCAAUUCUUUCCACCAUUUUCAUUAUGAUUUUAUUUUCCUCCACUCAAUUUAUUUUGCGCGCUGUUGCCGAUGCUAAUCCUACAGCAUUUACAUACAUAAUGAAGCUGAGUCGGGCUCUUUAUGGUCUCUGAAAAUGACCUAGUCAAACAGAGUUCCGCAUUCCGUUCAACUUCUUUGCCUACUAUAUAUUCCUUCUGUGUACUGAGCUGUAUACCUAGGAGCUGUAUACCUAGCAUCCGUGUAACGCCACUCUUCAAUACAUACCAUAUGGUGAAUAUUAAACAAAAAAGGGGAUGUUUCUUUGUUUGGUUUCAUGUCUGGUUUCAUUGUUUGAAUUUAUUAUUAUUUGGAAAAAUCGAAUAAUUGCAACGCUGUGGUGACGCACGCCCAGAACGUGUUGGACAGCUGAUAAGUACUCUGCUAACCAAUCAAUAUUUAACGUUAAAAGAAACGUCGUUUGAGUUUGAGCUAUAAAUUGUCAAGAACUGUUCCACGGGCGCAAUUAAAAUCUGAGGAAUUAGAGCUAUUACGCAAAAGGUUUUACUUUAAUUGGUGGCGAAAACUCAAAUCAAGAUUGGGAAAUCAGGAACAUUGAGAAGUUUCCCUAACUCCAUGGGUCGAGGUUAAACAGCAUGCCGAGUUUACACAACGAUCAGUAAAUGGCUGCCUGAUCCAAAGAUAAUUCCAUGAGUAGCUCAAGGAUUGUACAGGUGAACGUCCCUUGCCGUUUCUCUUAAACUCUCAGAGGAAGAGCUCCCCUCCAUCUUGUAACGUUUGAUGGUGGUUUUCCCAAGAUCCCCAUCGGAGCCUGUACUCGUGUAAUGGAGAGUUUGUCAGACUUGAAAGACUGCGUUUGAAAAGUAUUGAUUAGAAUUGAUUUUUGUCAUCAUUCCUUAAUGAAAUCGUGCUUCUCAUUCGAUAACCGUAUUGUUUCUUGUAUUAUACCGCAGCAGAAUCAUUCGUUUCUCAUGAUCAGAAGAUCUCGUGUGUUUGAUUUCUGAAAGGGCGGGUCUAAUUAUGGAAAGUGUAAUUAUUCAUAACGUUAGGACGUCCAUGCCAAACUUACCUAUCACAAAAACGAAUGGAAGAGAAUCGAAAAGCUAUACGGUCCCUGAUGAGGGGUGAAAUCCUGUACACAUCUGGACUGACAGAAAACUAAUUCUCGUUGUAUCCUGCGGCGAGUGCUGUGGCCCUACUACAUCCUUUCAAUUGAUGAUUCAAUGGAAGAAGAAAAUCAUUCGCCUCACCGGUUGAAAACUCAUCUGGCUACUUCGAGCAGCCGCAACUUGCAA